AUGAAUAAAGUUGCUUAUGAAAGCCCAAGCUUAACUCCCACUACCGACUCUGCCUCCAAAUACAACAUCCCCUGCAUGCCUCACCUAGACGCUAUUGAAGAGUCCACAAUAAAAUCUAUAGAGCCUUACAAGCUCCGUAUCUGAGGAGAAGUUCUGUUUUGAGUCCUCGCCAUAUGCACUGGAGGACUUUAUUACUUAAUUGAUCAUUGGUUUCUUUUCCUUCAUCUCCUUCUCCGUUAUAAACGAGUCCCAGGUUCUGAAGCCAAGAUGCUAGUCAUAAAAACUAUGUAUUUCACUGAUAUUACCAUACAAGAUAUCAUUAAUUAA